AUGCCCGUGGUGAGGAGCUGGGUUUGUCGUAAAACCUAUGUAACCCCGCGGAGGCCCUUCAAGAAGUCCUACCUUGACCAAGAAUUGAAGCUGUUUAGCGAGUAUGGGCUCCGGAACAAGCGAGAGGUCUGGAGAGUCAAAUUCACUCUGGCCACGAUCCGCAAGGCUACCCAGGAGCUGCUAAUGCUGGACGAAAAGGACCAUCUCUUCGAAGGCAGUGCUCUCCUGUGGUGA